AUGGGGCACGGCGAGGACUUCGAUGAUUCAGACUCUGAGCUUACCCCAAUCGAGGACUCAGAGAAUGAGGAUCAAAGGGCAAGGCCAAAGAUCUUAUUGCGCACGGUGUCAUCCGACCUUCCAGAACCCCGCCAAAAGAGGUUCCCGACAGAAUCCAUCCUUGCGGCCGAACUGAACAAGAGGAUUGACCUUGACCCUCCUUAUCAACGAGACAUUGUUUGGACUAGGUCACAGCAAAGUUAUUUCAUCCAUUCUCUGAUGCACAACUACGGAAGUGGUCAAAUACUAUUCGCUGUCGACAAGGUGUGGAGAGGCAAUCAAUGGGUUGUAGUGAAAACAUGCAUCGACGGAAAGCAGCGUCUCACCUCGAUAGUCCUAUUCAUGAAAGGCGAACUCGACUGCAAAGACCCGAAAACCAUGGAAUCCAUCUGGUACAAAGCCGAUCCGAACGAUCCUUCCCAGCGCACCCGCAAAGUACUUGAUGAUGAAUCCAGGAUCACAUGGAAUGAGAAGCAGGUAUGGUGUUCAGAGUACGAAAACCUGUCGGACGCCCAACAGCGGGAACUAUUCCAGCGUGUGCAAAUGGGCAUGCCAUUGACAUGGCCAGAAACCCUACAAGCCAUAGGAACGCCGCGCGCUCGAUUCGUUCACACCCUCAAGGAGCGGAUAUUCCAGCCGGCCGGGUUCCACGCAACAUGUCCCACCAAAUGGGACGUUGACCGGGGUCUCGCUUUCCAACACACUGCAUGUGUCGUCUAUAUGAUCAGUAUGUAUCACAAUAAAUCACCAGCGAAAGACUUCGAACCUUCGCCAAAACGCCUGGAACCCUGGUUGAGGAACGAGGAACUUCCAAUCCCUACGGAACUCAUCGAACCGAUCAACACCGCCGUCGAUAUUUUCAUGUUCCUUGCUACUUCAUCCGAAUGGAAGAAGAUCUUUUUCAAGGCAAAGAAACAGUUCGGGUGCAGAGAGUUUGGUUCCAUCGCCUGUUUCAUCUACUAUUGGAUGGACCGUAUGACUAUAGACCAACUGGCACGCGGCGUAGGCAAGGUGAGGUGUGAGGUGGGUUCGAAACGAGCCAUUUGGAAGUACCUUAGGGAUAACAACUCCUGGAAGAAAGAAGUUGGGGAGCUUGACAGCAGCAUAUCAGCUAGAAAGGCGAUCGUGCGGAAACCUACCAGUGAUUUGGUUGCGGCUCCUGCCCUCCCACCUGCGCCCGCCACCAAUGUCGCCGAAAAUUCAAUCCUGACCGCUGCAUCGCGAGUCAAACGCAAGCUGGGCGCGCAAUCAGACACCAGCGGACCGACGGAUUCUGUUCCCAAGAGUCUCACCGACAAUGAAUGCCCGAAGAAACGUGGACGUACGGCCGCGGCAGGAGGACAAUCGAAAGAAGUCGCUACAUCCAAGGCCGCAAGCACCGUCGAAAUGGCAAAUGGCCCGCCUUCGAUCGCCCCUACCAACCAGCGUCCGCCCAAGCGCAAACGGAAUCGCAUCGAAAGCGAUGGGGAGGAAGAUCCCUUGUUCCCGGGUGACGAUGGUGAUGCUCCUAUACCUAAGCAUUCACGAACAGGAGACGAGGGCACCACGAACUCGUUUCAGGCGAGCCUAAACUCAAAGACUACAGUCACGGAAUCGCGUACGCUGCUCCCAUCGGCGCAGAUAAUAUCUGAGAAAGGCCAGGCUGCUGGUUCAUCAAAUAUCACUACCGUACUGAAGCGUCAGGCUGGGCGGCGCUCUGGGACGAAGUCCGCGGCUGCCACGAGAUCUAAGGCGAAAGCCAAAGCGUCGACUGGACCGGAGCUCCCGCCCGCUAUUCCGAGGACAGGGCGCCCCGCGUCCUUGAGCCUCAUGAAAAUCCCCAAAUACUCUGACACGCCUAAAAGCCCUGCCCCUUCCCCUCAACUCCCAGCUGCCCGUCCACCCCCCAUCCACCACACAACAACUACCGCGAACAGCCCAAAACCAUCUGCGUCUCAACCCUCCCUGUUUCAGGAUCUGCCUUCCUUGAAGGCAUCUUCGCCAGCACAAUCCCAGACCCCAAUCGCCCCCCGGCAUCAUCCCCUAAGAACUACAUCUACACCUUCCCUUCCAUCUACGACUCACCCUUCGUCCACCACCCCUCCAGCCCUCCGACCUACGAGUCCUCUCGCACUUAGUUCUGCUUCUGUAUCUGAAUCAAACGCGAGACAGAGCCCCUCUAUCGACGCCAGGAUGCCGCAGGUCCUUCCCCGUGGCUCCAAUUCCCCUGUCCCAACGGCAUCAGGGAGACUCGACCGAGUUCGUAGGAACAGGGACCAGGCCUCUGCUAACAUCGCCUCUGCUACCUGCAGCAUGCCACCCGGUUUAGUACAUGGACACUCCGCCUCGCCUGCUACCAUUCCCAGCACCCAUCCACCGCGAAUCCCAGAUUCGGCAUCUUCUGCAAGUGCUCCAAGACCGCAAGCUACGACAGAUCCGCGUCGUCGAGUCCCGCCUCCGAUACAAAUACCCUCGCCAAUGGGUAAAUCUGAAUUGUCUUCGACAGUCAUUAUGACUCCGAUGUCUGAUCUAUUGCAGCGCAUGCAGGAAACAGACUACUUCUCCCCGUCUACAUCGCCUAUACCACAUGUACGCCGGAGUCAGACGAUACCUCAAUACAGCGAUAACGCUGCUCUGCCAGCGCCCUACAGACCUUCGUCAGCCGACACAAUGCGAAGCGAGGCACACACCUCAGUUCCUACCACCCAGCAGCACAUAACCCUCAACGCCUCCCAGCCUCCCCCUCGUUUACGACCUCGCGACUUUCCUGUUGGCGCUGGCCUCCCCAGGCCCACCCCGGGGCUGGACCCUUCUAUUUUGUGGGAGAAGCACCGGUCUCCGGCGCACAGUGCCAGUAGUACUGACAGCGAUUUUCGCAAUUCAUACUCGGCGCGCCCAUUCUUAGUAGAGCCAGGAAGUACCCAGUCCCCGACUGGUAACGCGACUGGCCUUCAACCAGCCCGUGAUAUGAAGCGGAAGCCUUCUUGGGAACGCUCCCAGGGAAGAUUUCACUGA